AUGGAGCCCGCCGGCCUGGUCCCCGGCCGCCUCGGGCCGCUGCUCUGCCUGCUGCUCGCCGCGUCCUGCUUCUGGCCAGGAGCAGAUGCACACGAGGACCUAAAGGUGAUUCAGCCUGAGAAGACAGUGUCUGUUGCCUCUGGGGAGACAGCCACUCUGAAUUGCACUGUGACCUCCCAGCUUCCAGUGGGGCCCAUACAGUGGUUCAGAGGGGUAGAACAGAGCCGGGAGGUAAUAUACAAGUUCACAAAAGAGCACUUCCCCCGAGUCACAAAUGUAACAAAUACUUCUAAGAGAAACAACUUGGACUUUACCAUCCGCAUUAGUAACGUGACCCCAGCAGACGCUGGCACCUACUACUGUGUGAAAUUGCAGAAAUCAGACUCUGACAAGGAGUUUCAGACUGGAGGAGGCACGGAGUUCUCUGUGUGUGCCAGACCCUCUCCACCUGUGGUAUCCGGCCCUGCGGCCAGGGUUGCACCUGAGCAGACAGUGGGCUUCACCUGCAAGUCUCAUGGCUUCUCCCCGAGGAACAUCACCCUGAAGUGGUUCGAAAAUGGGAAGGAGCUCUCCCACUUCCAGACCACAGUGGACCCGGCAGGAGAGAAUGUCUCCUACAAUGUCUCCAGCACAGCCCAAGUGAUGCUGGGUCCUGGGGACGUUCAUUCUCAGGUCAUCUGUGAGGUGACCCACAUCACCUUGCAGGGAGGCCCUCUUCGUGGGACGGCUAACUUGUCUGAUACUACUCGAGUUCCACCUACCUUGGAGAUCACCCAACAGCCCUCGAUGACAGGGACCCAGGCGAAUGUCACCUGCCAGGUGCAGAAGUUCUACCCUAUGAAAAUCCAGCUGAUGUGGUUGGAGAAUGGAAACACAUCCCUGACAGAAGUGGCCUCAACUAUCAUAGAAAAUAAAGAUGGGAUCUAUAAUCGGACAAGCUGGCUCCUAGUGAACUCAUCUGCCCAUUGAGAAGAUAUAGUGCUCACCUGCCAGGUGGAGCACGAUGGGCAGCCAACGAUCACCAAAAACCAUACCCUGGCAGUCUCUGCCCAGCAGAAGGAGCAGGGCAUGGAUACUGCCCUUGAUGAGCCUGUCAGCUGGAGUGUCUUCAUCACAGCAGGUGUGGUGUGUGCCUUGCUGGUGGUUCUGCUCAUGGCAGUCCUCUACCUCCUCCGGAUCAAACAGAAGAAAGCCAAGGGGUCUACUUCUUCCACAAAGUUACAUGAGCCUGAGAAGAAUGCCAGAGAAAUAACCCAGAUCCAGGACACAAACGACAUUAACGACAUCACAUAUGCAGACUUGAAUCUGCCCAAGGAGAAGAAGUCCACUUCCCAGGCUGCUGAGCCUAACAACCACACAGAGUAUGCCAGCAUUCAGACAGUCCUGCCGCCCAAAGCAGAGGACACCCUUACCUACACCGAUCUGGACAUGGUCCACCUCAACCGGGCACCCAAGCAGCCAGCCCCCAAGCCUGAGCCAUCUUUCUCAGAGUAUGCCAGUGUCCAAAUCCAGAAGAAAUAAAUGGGACAGUGGUUGGCUCUUGGGCCAUCCCCGCAAGUUUUCUUGUCCAUGAUGAGAAUAGCCAGCCAGUCCUGUCCCUAGGAAGCCUGGUGACACAGGCUCUGGGGCUGGAGUGAGAGUAGCUCUGUCUGCCUACCCCUCAGCUCUCCAGC